AUGCAAGAAAAUGUCGACACGUACGUCACUACAAGUGAUUUGAAGAAAGACUAUAUGGCGUUUGUUUAUAUGUGUGAUCAACAGCCGAAAGAAGAAUUGAUAUACGGAAUUCAUCAUUUCAUUGAAGGAAAACAAGAAUGCGAGAGUACGGACAAGGAAGUGGUUAUACCUUCUUCUCAGCCAACACCUCGAGAAUAUCAAGGUGUCUCCGACGAUGAUGAAAACAAUGAUAGUAUACCUCUAAGGAAUAACCAUGGCGAUUCUUCAAGACCAGUUUCAAGAAAACAAGAUCUUUCGGAAACUGAUAAACGAAAUAACGUUGUCAAAAGAAUUCAAGUGGAGAGUUUUUCUGAUUUGGAUGAAUCGGACGCCUCAAAAAUUCAGACUGAGGUUGUUGUGCAUCGAUCUUUUCCACGAUUGGAUAUUGUUGACGUCACUGCCUUGGCAAAAUCAAUUUCCUUUGUUCCUUUUGAUUUUGUAAAACUCACAUUAAUUUCAUGUGGGUUGACAGAGAAGUCCAUUCGAGUUCUUGGAAUUGCUCUCACACAUAAAAGGAGUCUUCGAUUUUUAAGUGUCGAGAUGAACCCAUUAACUCAGUUAAAUCGAGAAAAGGAUGAAAAACUCUUUGAAAAACAUCAAUCCAUUCAAAAAUUGUACAAUUCGAUCACACCCAAAUUUGAGAACUCUGAAGAGGAUCCUAAUGACAAAUCCAAGAAGAAGACUGUAAAAAAAGACAAACCAAAAACAGAUGAAUUAAGACCAGAGAUACAACAAGUUUUAGACAAAUAUUGCAGUGAAAAUUCAAGUCCAUUUACUCCCUUGUUCAUGACCAGCGCAAAGUACUUGUCUCUACGAGGAAAUAACUUGACAGACGAGGAUGCUCUUUGUAUUGCUGAUUUGUUAAAAGAUGAUGGAGAAAUAUUCUCUCUAAAUCUUUGGGGAAAUUCCAUCUCAGAUGUGGGAGGUGUGGCUCUUGCAAAAAGUUUAAGAACCAACCAAAAACUCCUGUCCAUUAGUUUAGCCAUGAACCAAAUAGGUGACGAAACAGUGAAAGAAAUUUGCAGAUCAAUGAGCUCCAAAGAUAUUUUCACAGAGGAAGAAUUCUUAACAUUGAGAGAACAAGCUUACAAGAGUUUCUAUGGUUAUUUAAAUCUUGCCAAAGAUUCCAACAACUCGUACAUUCUUCCAGCUCUUCCUCCACAUUUAUUACCUCCUUCGGAUGAUAAGAAGAAAAAACCUGUCAACACUGCUGCAACCGCAAAACCUGUGAAGGGAGCCAACAAUGAGAAGGACCUCAUUCCAUGGGACAACAAUUCGAAACGACAUGUCUAUGAUCCUCCCAAAGCACUUUCUCCUCCACCCACAGCUAAAAACACGAAAGGAGCAAAACCUAAUUCAUCUCCUACUCCACCACUACCUUCUCAAGAAGAAGUUGAACUACAACCUCCAAAACCAUUGUAUCGUGUUCCUGGAAAUACGAUUUUGAGAAAUAUUAAUCUUAGUGCGAAUUUUAAUGUGAGUGAUGAAGGAGCUCAAUACUUUGUGGAAGCCAUUGAAAAUAAUUCAAAUAUUUGUAGAAUUUCUCUGAGUGACACUUCCGUUUCAGAUGUCAUGUUUGAGCAAAUUGUGAGCAAAUUACUUUCAUGUAAACAAGAGGAUGCUGUGAUUCAAGAAAAUUAA